UCACUUUUCUGUCUGCUGCAUAUCUUGUGAUUUUACAUGAAAAACAUUCAUGCUAAAUAUAAUUAUUUACAUCUCAUGAUUCUUCUACUAAGUUUCCUUCUUUUUCUUCUUCCUCUUUUAGUUCCAGGUCCUGCCGCUGUAAGUGUACGCGCUUUCGGCGUAUGGCGCAGGAACAGCGUGCAAGAUUGCUGAUAACAAUUUUUACCAACAAUUUUAGUGCAUUCCGCGUGAUACGAUUACCGUUAGUUGAUUUGAUUUAAUUUGUUUACGUGUUAUGGGUAAGGCACGGGGAAAGGCAAGGAGGUGUAGAAAGAAAUAUGAUUACACCGCUAAUCGAAAGAGAUUGUACAAAAAAUCGAAAAAGUUGCCAACAGUGAAAUGCGAGCAAAUCAAAGAGGCUUGGGAUUGUCGAAAAGGCAUAGCAACAAAUUUUAGUGCAAUGGGUCUGGCUUCCAAUCCCAACGCAAGUGUACCAGUACCACGAUACAGGCAUGACUUGGACCCAUCCUUGAUGGAAGGUAUAGAUUUGAUUCAGCUAGAAGAAUCGGAGAGAAAACGAAGAGGAACAGAUCACAUAACACAGAAGCACCAUGUUGCAAAAGAACUGGAGAAGGAAUCCUUGGAACCACAACCCAACAGACAGAGGCUGUCAGAUCCAGAAGUUAAAUUUGCAUUGUACAUGAUGGAGAAGUAUGGUGAAGACUUUAAGGCUAUGGCACGAGAUCCGAAAAAUUAUUACCAGGAGACGCCCAAAGCUAUUAAAAGAAAAAUAUCAUUUCUCAAGUCUUUACGUCAAUAUAAGAACAUCAUUUCAUCUAAAAAAACGAAUGACACAUAGCAUUUUCAUAAGGACCUGUUGUUUAUAUGUAAUAUUAACAUAAUGUAGCAAACUAUAAAAUAAUGUGUACUUCUAUACCAACGUUUCUGUUACAUUGGCAAAUUUUUUUUCAUGUAAGAUACAUAUGCAUAUGUCAUCGUAAUUCUUCAGAAGACAAAUUUUGAUAGCUUAGAUAAGUAAUUAACUGUUUUUGCGUCAGAAAACGUUCAGAUCAUGCCAAUGAACCUGAAAUACACAAGUGACGUAUUUAUAGAAUUAACAUCACGAAAAUGUUGGUAGUAAAGUGUAUUUUUUCUAUGAGAAUUUCACUAUCUAAUAUGUUCAUACUUUUGCUUUUUAAGCUAUAUAUACUCUCUACGUGUCAGGUGUGUUAGGUAAUCAAAUUGUAGGUUAUUUUGCUCAAUCUCUUAAUGAUUUAUUACAGUUCUUACUUACGACAUUUCUACGUUAUGAUAUACAGCUUUGAUUUCGUUACUGAAUGAACCAUUCACUAUCAUGUUCCAGAUACUCCGCGAUCAUAGCCUGUAUGUGAAAGUGGUUCGUUACACUAAAUUGUAUUUCAUGUAAUUGAAGCCUAUGUGAGAAGUGCGCAUGUGUUCCUUUGGUUAAAUCAAGGUGUCAACGAUAAACUAUUUUCUACUAUGUACCUGUGUACCAUACUGCGUUUUGUGCGUUUUGCUGUUUACAUGAAAUCUACGCACCUGGGGCACCUCUACAUCAAUUUAGAAGAUUUUGGCUGAAAAAACAUUGUAUUGAAUUGCGGUGACAUGCCCGCGUAGACAGUAAUCAAAACAAUAAAUAAUGAGGUAAAGAAUGA